AGGCGGGACUAGGUGCACCUAAACAGACGGAGGGGUUAUGCAUUGUGCUCAGUGUGUCAGUGCUGCAUCCACUGAGGAGAGAGAGGAGACAGGGCCACGCACGGCCACAUUAACCCUGAGCUGUAAACCUGCACACAGAGGUCGCAUCUGUGAUCGUCUCUGCAGCCUUUUCCUGGACGGUGCAGUCUUGCUCUUUUGUUGCCAUCAGUCGCCGGGCUGCGGGAGGAAAAAGCUGAGGAGGACUCGCCUCCUUGAAGCCCGAUUAGUCGGUGGCGGAAGGAAGGGACGUGAAAUGAACCCCUCAUCCGCUUAAACGGCAGUGCAGCUUAAAUAUCCCCGUUUUCAGGGGUUAACGGAGGAUCAAAGAGGACAUUUAUACCUUUAACCUGCAGCUGAAGGCCGAGAAAUAUCGACGGAACCUGUAGCGAUGCCCGGGUUUGAUUACAAGUUUCUGGAAAAGCCAAAGAGACGGUUCCAGUGUCCGCUCUGCAGCAAGGCGAUGCGGGAGCCGGUCCAAGUGUCUACCUGUGGACAUCGGUUUUGUGACACCUGUCUGCAAGAAUUCCUCAGUGAGGGCGUCUUCAAGUGUCCAGAGGAUCAGCUGCCGUUGGACUAUGCCAAGAUCUACCCGGACCCGGAGCUGGAGCAGCAGAUCCUGGCGCUGCCCAUCCGCUGCAUCCACAGUGAGGAGGGCUGCCGCUGGACCGGCCAGAUGAAGCAGCUGCAGGGCCACUUCUCCACCUGCGCCUUCAAUGUGAUACCCUGCCCCAAUCGCUGCUCUGUCAAGCUGACGCGCCGCGACUUGCCCGACCACCUGCAGCAUGACUGCCCCAAGCGCAAGGUCAAGUGCGAGUUCUGCGGCAGCGAGUUCACCGGUGAAGCCUAUGAGAACCACCAGGGUGUGUGUCCUCAGGAGAGCGUUUACUGUGAGAACAAGUGUGGGGCGAGGAUGAUGCGUCGUCUGCUGUCCCAACACGGCAUGGCUGAGUGUCCCAAACGCACACAGCCCUGCAAAUACUGCGGCAAGGAGUUUGUCUUCGACACAAUCCAGAACCACCAGUACCACUGCCCUCGGUUUCCUGUCCAGUGCCCUAACCAAUGUGGCACACCUAACAUCGCCCGAGAGGAUCUGGCUAACCAUGUGAAGGACAACUGCGGCAGCGCACUCGUUCUCUGCCCCUUCAAAGAUGCCGGCUGCAAACACCGGUGCCCCAAACUGGCUAUCGGUCGUCACCUGGAAGACACCACUAAGUCUCACCUGACUAUGAUGUGUAACCUGGUGGGGCGUCAGCGGCAGGAGAUCCUGGAGCUGCGGAGGGAGAUGGAGGAGCUGUCCGUCAGUCAUGACGGCGUUCUCAUCUGGAAGCUCAACGACUACACCCGCAAACUCCAGGAGGCCAAACUCCGAAGCAACCACGAGUUCUUCAGCCCACCCUUCUACACUCACCGCUACGGCUACAAGCUGCAGGUGUCGGCCUUCCUGAAUGGUAAUGGCAGCGGCGAGGGCUCCCACCUCUCCGUCUACAUCCGCGUGUUGCCCGGAGAGUAUGACAGCCUGCUGGAGUGGCCCUUCUCCUACAAGGUGACUUUCUCCAUUAUGGACCAGAGCGACCCGUCGCUUUCCAAACCCCAGCACAUCACCGAGACCUUCAACCCCGACCCCAACUGGAAGAACUUCCAGAAGCCCAGCAGCAGCCGCAACUCGCUGGACGAGAGCACCCUGGGCUUCGGCUACCCCAAGUUCAUCUCUCACGAAGAGAUUAAGAAGAGGAACUACAUCCGAGACAACUGCAUCUUCAUCAAGGCUUCUAUAGAGAUUCCCCAGAAGAUAAUGGCUUAAGAUCUGACCUUUGUUUUCUUUUUAUGAAGGAGGAAGAUGGGUUAAAGACUGGAACUGACACUUAACCUUGAAAACUUCUACACACUUACCCUUUAGAUACUUUCUGCCCUUACGGCCUCUCCACCACAGAGCUUGAAGCGAGUCUGUUUGGCUGUGUGAGCUGACUCGGAGGACCUUGAUAUAUCACAGAGGAGAAAGUGUUUGGUCUGCAGAACCAUCACUCUCUGGUGUUUCUUUUUAUUAUUUUUUUUUAUCUGUUUGCUGAUCUUUUAUCACAGUCUACAACAAAAAGCCUUGGAAAUCAAACAGUGCCUAGAGAGUUUAUCUUAAGUUAUAUUUUUGUUGUUAUUACUGCAGUACAGAUGUUAAAGAUUAUGGAAAAGUUAUAAAAAUAGGGCUGAAGGGCUUCACUAAGCCUCUUCUCUUAGAGUAGAGAGAAAGUUAGAAGCUGGUUAGAGACGUCCCGUUGGGGUGAUCUAAAGAAAAGGAAGCUCAGCAGACUCAAGCUCAAGCCCAACUGCCUUUUGUUUACACGCUCAUACAGUAUACUCCCACUGAUCCCUGAACAAACACAGAGCCCUUGGUAAGAGACUACUCGUGAGAUUUGUGUACACAUAAACAUCAAGUCGAUGUUUUCAAGUAAGGAACUUGCAGCUUCAAUUUUGGCGAUUUUCAUGUUUUAAGGGAAUAGAUUGACAUUUUGGUUGAGUUGAAUGAGAAGAUAAACGCCACUCUCAUAUCUGUCCGUUCAAUAUAAGGCUACAGCCAGCAGCUGGUUAACUUAGCUUAGCACAAAGGCUAGAAAAAGGGGAAAAAGCUAGCCUGGUUCUGUCCAAAGGUAACAAUAUCACCACCUCAGACACUCAUUAAUUAAAAUGUUAUAUCUCAUUUGUUUAACCCAUAUAAAACCUGUGGAGUAAAAAUGAAAAUUUGCUGUUUUAUGGCAGGUUUUAUGCCUAACUAUUUCUUGGCUGAGAGCAGUGACUUCCUGGAGUCUCACUGGUUGCCUGGCAACUGCACCCGAGAAAUAGCCCUCCAUAAAAUGGUAAAUUGUAAUUUUUAACCCUUGUUUUUUUGUACGGAUUAAAUAAACAUGAUAUAACGUGUUAAUUAGGGAGCUUUAGAGGUGCUGGUAGAUCAUUUUGUUACCUUUGGACAAAGCUAGCCUAGCUGGCUAGUUGUUUAAUCCAUACAAAAAUCUUCGGACAGAGCCAGGCUAGCUGUCUCCCCCUUUUUGCUAAGCUAAGCUAACUGGCUACUGGUUGUAGUCUUAUAUUGAAUGAGUGAUAUCAGUCUUCUCAGCAAAAAAAAGCAAAUAAGCGUAACUUUAAAAGUUGGCAAGUUUUUUUUACCCGACAACAUUGAAGUUACAAAUCUGUCUGUGACUUGUGUUUGUCAGUAGUUCAACCCAGUCGUAAAUAGCUUCAGGAGCGUGCAGAUGAACCAAACACACACACUUCAUAGUGACCCUAUGAGGCUUUGUGUCUAUUGUGGAGUCCACCAAUAGGGGGAGAAAAAAAGCACCUUUCGUCGGUCUUCGGAUGAGCAGAGCAGACAAAGAGGCCAGUUGUCGGAGUACAUGCGCAUUUAAUAGUGAAGGAAAAGCCAUGUGGCCUUUUUAUACAGUAUGUCUUCGCAUGAGGGUUUUAGGGGUGAGCAGGGCAACAUAAACACAUGCAUGCUUCAUGUGCUACCACCUGGACCACGUUUUUGUACUGUAGCCUGUAUUCUUGAAAUCCUCUCCCGUUGAUGGCUAUUUUGUCUCUUUUUUUGGACUGUUUGAAAUUGACACAUUGUCAAAAUAAUCGUUUUUGGUUUUUUUUGUUUUGUUUUAUAUACAGAAAAUGUGAACACUGUUGGUCAUAUAACCUAUAAGGACAAUGAACACUUGGCUGUGAAGUGUAUUGUUUUACAUAGCCUGGGCAUGGACGGUGUGCCGUCUGAAAAGAUGGUUAUUGACUUGGUCUCUGCAAAUAUGUGGGUGUGUCGGGACUGACUACACCUUUUGUUGUUACCAUGAUCACCGGUGUCUGUCUUCAGCUCGGCACACAAUGUGGCGACGAGGACUGUUUGGAGGGACCCAGCCAUGUGCGAUACACCUGUCUCCAUCACAGCACUGUCAGAGGGGUGGCGGACUUUAAUGAUACAGUACACUCAUGAUGUAUGUGAAUACUAAUGUAAAAAUGCAGAAGCACAUUCUGUCUUUUUAUUAUUAUACAUGGAAAAAAUCAUGAUUUCUUGUCAUAAUACCAGCUGAUAUUUUACAGUGAUUUGAAGAAGUGAGAAGAUGAAACUUUUUUGUAAGAUUCUGUAUUUUUAAAAAUACUUAGCUGUUUUAUACAAACACUUUUCGUUGGAGAGUCGGGGUUGACUUUGGGAAUUUUCAGACCCUUUUGUCUCUUGGACAUUUGAAUAAUUUGUUUGUACUUGUGGUUUGAGCCUCACAUAUUCUGUCUGUAUUAUUUCCUCUUAAAAGUAUUUAUUUUAAGGAGCCAAUCAAUAUGUCGAUUGAUGAGUGCUUGUCAAUUUCUUAAUUGAAAUAAAAUACCAUAUAUUAUA